CUGAUACUUGACAUGCUUUCCAACAAUGAUUCUCUUACUUCUUCUGUAUAACUGUUUUCUCUUCCUAUCACUUCUUCCUUCAGCAAGAAGCUCGGCGUUGACUACUGCCAUUGCAGCAAACGAGCGUUUAUGUUUCUAUGUUGAUGCAGACAAAGCAGGGGAAAAAAUUGGGUUUUACUUUGCAGUUCAAUCUGGAGGAUCGUUCGACAUAGACUUCGACGUUAAGGAUCCCAAUGAGAAGGUCAUACUUGACGGUAAAAGCGAGAGGCAAGGCGACUACGUUUUGACUGCCAACACCGUUGGAGAGUACUCGUUCUGCUUCGAGAAUGACAUGUCAACUCUCACGGUGAAGCUGGUUGACUUCGACAUCAUGGUGGAGAGCGAGCCUCGCAGGGAAGCACCUGCCAAGCCAGGACAGGUGGCGGAUCACACCAGUGCACUGGAAGAGAGCACAUUCCGGUUGAACUCACUGCUUUUGAACAUCAAACGUACUCAAAAAUAUUUCCAUACACGAGAGAACAGAGGGUUCUCCUUGGUCAGGUCGACACAAAAUCGCCUGUUCUGGUAUAUGGUUCUGGAGAGUUUGGGCAUUGUGGGCAUGGCUGUCCUUCAGGUGUACAUCCUUCAAACCUUCUUUACAAAAACAGGUCGUCGGUACAAAGUAUAGUUUCGUGUACCGGCAUCUGCCUUUAUAUACCUCUAUCAUUUUCCGCCGCAAUUCCACAUUGGCCCUCAAGCAGCAUCACAUUUUGGUCGCCCUGAC